GCAAGGCAGAAGCGACUCCUCACUGGAGCGGUGGCUCGGCUCCGGCGGUCCCUCAGUUAGUAACCCUCGACAUGGCGCUGAGCCGGCGGCUCCCCCUUCGCCUCUGCCCUGGGCCGUCCCUGCUCAUCCUGCUGCUGUUUGUGCGGAGUUGCCUUAUUGGGGCUGUGAACUUGAAAUCCAGCAACCAGAAUCCUGUGGUACGGGAAUUUGAAAGUGUGGAACUGUCUUGCAUCAUUACAGACUCUCAAACAAAUGAUCCCAGGAUUGAGUGGAAAAAAAUUCAAGAUGAUCAAACGACCUAUGUGUUCUUUGACAAUAAAAUUCAGGGGCACUUGGCAGGUCGUGCAGAGCUCUUGGGAAAAACUUCUCUGAAGAUCCUAAAUGUGACACGGUCAGACACAGCUUCUUACCGCUGUGAAGUUGUCGCUCGAAAUGAUCACAAAGAAAUUGAUGAGAUUGUCAUUGAACUCACAGUGCAAGUGAAACCAGUGAUUCCUGUGUGUAGAGUGCCAAAGGCUGUACCUGUUGGCAAGUCAGCAACAUUGCACUGCCAGGAGAAUGAGGGCUAUCCCCGGCCCCAUUACAGGUGGUACCGAAAUGACAUACCUUUGCCAACUGACUCCAAAGCCAACCCCAGGUUCCGAAACUCUUCAUUUGUCUUGAAUUCUGAAACUGGCACACUGGUUUUCAGUGCUGUCCACAAGGAGGACACAGGCCAGUACUACUGCAUUGCUACCAAUGAAGCUGGCUCUGCCAACUGUGAAGAGCAGGAGAUGGAAGUCUAUGACCUGAACAUUGGUGGAAUCAUUGGAGGGGUUUUGGUUGUCCUGGCUGUUCUAGGUCUGAUAACUCUGGGCAUCUGUUGUGCGUAUAGACGGGGUUAUUUCAUCAACAACAAACAGAAUGGAGAAAGUUAUAAGAAUCCAGGGAAACCUGAUGGAGUUAAUUAUAUCCGGACAGAUGAUGAGGGGGACUUCAGACACAAGUCAUCCUUUGUGAUAUGAAAUCUGAUCAUCUGGCAGAGAACACAUGCAAAUACCUCCAUUAGAAACUCCGAUCAAGAGCAACCAAUGAGCAAAGUGCACUUGGAAAGAGUUAGACCUUUGUACAAAACUUGUUUUUCCCCUUGCCAAAGUUGACAAUGAAUUGUCCCCAAGAUGGGGAAUAGUAACAUGGAGAAGACUGAAUUUGUUCAUUGGGCUGCUUACCAAGUAGGAAUAGCCCUAGUCCUCUGCCUUCCAGGGGAGGACACCAUAAAAAUGUCUCCCAAACUGAGUUUUUCCCAUGCCUGCAGCUCAGGAAGUAGGUUUGUUAAAAGUUAGACAUUGUGAGCCUGUGGUACUAAUUAGCUUCUCAGCAGUCAUUACCUGACUUGAGUAAACAAGUAAACAGGGAAAAGGGAGGGGCAGCUGUAUAGGACCUUAGGAACACAAUUAAGAUUUGACUCACCUUGGAAAUUAUGAUGAAUUUACAAAGCCGAGGCCUUUUAUGCAACUAACCUGUUUUUAAAUUGACCGGCCUUAUAGGCAGUAUUGUGCAAUUCCUUUUUAAAAAUCUUUUUUAAAAAACCUUUAAAAAUCAAUGCAUAGUAUCAGUCUAGGAAAAUUGUUUUGGUUCAGCAUUUUAUAAAAACAACCAAAAUAAGGAAGGUUGGUUGCAAGUCUUACCUCUUAUCUGAAGAAGAUAGGCUUACCCAUGGUGGAUUUCCAUUUUGAAUUAAAAGCAAAACCCCCAUCCUGGGCCAGGUUUGAAAUGGUACUGAAAUAGUUUCUGCUUUUUUAUGGGUCUUGUUUAUUUUGUAGGAUUCCACAUUCUAAAUUUUUGCAAAAGAUGUAUUUUGAUUACUUCAAAGAAUGAGAUUUUUUUAUUUAAAUUGUAAAUAUGUUGUCCUGCAACAAUGCUAAAUAACAUUUUUUUAAAAAUCAAACACAAGUUAGGCACUUCAUAUCAUAAGUGUUAACACUGAGAAUGCCAGCAUUUAAAGCACCUAUACUGAGAGUCUUACAGGCUCACAGAAGAACCUUCUUCCAGAUAGCAGCAUUUCCCACAGGAAGGCUUAUGGACCAUUGGACAGACCAUUGCUCAGGUUUCAUUUUCCAGAAUUCCAUUUAGAAGCAAAGAUACUUCUGUAACCUUUGUAACUCUGAAAAACAGAUACAUUGUACCCUUGAGUAGUAUUUGAACUGCCUUUUCCCCUCAGAUCACUAACAGGCAGAUGUAUUUGAAGACCAUCCAAGAGCUAUAACUCACUUAGAUCUACUUAAGGGAAUAUGGUCAUAUGGUUACAACUCCAGAAUUGGUAUUGGCUGUUACCUUCUGAGCAUUAUUCAACAUAGCUACUUAAAGACUGAAAGCCUGGUGUGGAUUUUCUAUCCCAAAUAGCUUUGGGAUCAAGGUAUAUGUCUGAUGGCAGCUAAACUUGGAUCAGGAAGGAUUAAAGAUGGACACUUCAGAAAGUUAGGUGUGUUUUUCAUGCAGUCUGUUGGGUUCCCUAUCCUUGAUCUAAUAACCUCAACCUCAACCUUCCACACUCAUCUUGUUUAGACUGUCAACCCUGGAAGGUCCAUAAAGCAAAGCAAGGGCUUUGUUUUUAAAAUUAGUUUUAAUUGUGUUUCCUAUGACUGCACCCAAUGUCGGUGGUGAUUUUAGAAAUGGAAUCUAUCAACUACCAUUUUUAAAAAAGGAAAUUAAUUCCAUUAUGACUCUUUGCUAUAAAGCAGCCAGACACUGGAGGCUGCCCAUCUCAACUUCUCAAUAAGCCAUGAUGCGGUGGCAGCUACCCCAGGCUUUUGAAGAGUAUUAGAUUGUAUAACCAGUACAGAAAACCUGACAGUGAGGAAAGGAAAAUGCUUGAAUCAAAAGCAUCUUUCUAAUUUUGAUUUUAAACUUUGAUCUCCCUGAGGCUCUGCUCACUUUUGGGGGCUUUAGAAAGAACAUUCAGUAGUCCUUGUUCUUCAAAAGUAGGUGUUUUUUGCCUCAAAGACAUUACUAUGUCAGACGCAUGGUGUGAAGAGGUUUGAUGCAAGGAGCUUCUCCAAAAAAAGCCCCUCUGAUUCAGUGAUGUGCUUGAAGGAUAUUUUUCAUGUAGCAGAAUGUAGCCAUCUUGUGAUGAAAUUUUAAGUCGAAUUGUCUUAAUUUUUAUGCUUUGACAGUAUUUUGAUUGGAUACUUGUAAAUGUUGGAAUUUAUAACUUUUUUUUGGUAGUUUAUAUGAAAAUACUCUGCCUUGGGAUUUUUCACCAAAUGUUAGUUCUUAGUGGGCAACUGUAUAGCUAUGGCUUCACAGUACCUACUGUUUAUUGCAUCUAUAUUUAAAACGUUUAGAAUUAGGAUUGUCCUCAAGGACAAUGCAGACCCAGUCUCCCCUUUCACUAAACUAGAUGGGGAAUACCUUGACCUUUUCCUUGGGUUGCCAUAGUGAUAAGACAGCUGUAUUGUCUCUAGUUUUAUAACUAAAGCAAUCCCACCCUAACCCUCUCUGUUCAACCAGGGUCAGUAUAAAGAAGGAGAAAAAUGUGAAGUCUAGCAGACUUUUGCUGCAAAAAGAUUUAAAAUAGGAAAAUGACAAUAUUCUUUUGAAUUGGAAAUUUCACAUAUUUUUAAGAUGUGAAAUGAAGCUAAGAGGAUUCAAGAAUUCUAUCCAAGGCAGGCUUUAUUUUUAUUUUUUUUUGGUCUUUGGUAUGGAUAUCACUGUACAUAAAUGUUAUAGAUUUGUACUAAUACAUAUAAUUUGAUACUUCUGUAAGACAUCAUUUAUAAACCUCUUUUUUCUAAGAAAAAACCAUAACCCCAGCCUCUUUAUUGAAACAUUCUGUAAAAUUUUUCUUCUUCUUCACUUAGCUAAUUUGUUGGGGAAAAGUAGGCAGGAAAACCAAUGUGAGACAAACAUCACUUGACUUGUACACUUCCCCAUUAGUUUAUAGAGGGAGGCCAUAAUUCCUACACCAUCUACAAGAGAUCAGUGCCUGUACUGUAGAUACACUAAGUAGUUCACCAAAGAGCAACACUGUGAGGCACACACUAUUAAUGGCCUUCAUUUUUGUCUUACCGGUUAAUGUAACUUAAGUGAUAUGGGGUAGAGGAGAAACACAGGAUGACACUUCAUUCCUCAAACCCAGCUGGCUAUGUGUAUUAAAAACACAUGCACACAUAAACCCUAAGACCUAACCCUGUACAUUUCACUGCUGUAAUACCAGGAUUAAACCUUGGAACCCACUGA